AUGGAGGGUCAUGAUAAUGACGAGAACAGAAAUCUCAGACGAAAUAUCUCAAGAAAGCUUGAUGUGAAUGCGAAAGUGGAGGUUUCUAUUCGUUUUGAUUUAGUUGUGGGCUAUCCAUUUGAAGGAUGGUUUGGUUGUCAUCGAAAAAGUGGAACUCCAUCUGCUUCUGAAAACCUUGUAAACCUGAAAAUGCUGACGGUGAUCAUGGGAGAAAGGUGUGGGAUGGAGUGCAUGGGGAAUAGGGAUGUGAGGAAGGGUAUUUGGAAAGGGGUGAGGAGUAUGGAAAUUGGGUUUCAAGGAUCGUGGCACCCUGGGACAGUUAUCCUGUGUGAGGAUUUGCAAAGGCGUGUCAGAUAUGACAAUAUUUUGGAUGAUAAUGGGGUAGAUUAUCUUGAGGAGGUAGUGAUUGUUUCAAAAGCUUUGGACGGUGAUAUUGAAGGUGCAAACUGCUACGCACGAGGGUCCAUUAGGCCAUUGCCUCCUUUGAUUGAGCUCGAUAAGCGGGACCUUAUAUUUGGUCUGUGUGUUGAUGUUAACUAUGCGGAAGCUUGGUGGGAAGGUGUUAUAUUUGACCAUUGUGAUGGAAUCGACAAGAGGAUUGUGUUUUUCCCUGAUUUGGGUGAUGAAAUGCAGGUUGGGAUUCAUCAGUUGCGGAUUACUCAGGACUGGGAUGAAAUUAUCGAGGAGUGGACCCGGCGAGGUAACUGGGUGUUUCUUGAUUUGAUUGAGGAGCAGAAGAGGAAAUUUUUUAUCGCAGUUUCGGCCAAGCAGAUUUGGUAUGAUUUACGCUCAAAAGAGGAAUUUGAGACGAUUAAAGAGUGGACAUGUAAUUUGAAGUACCUGUGGACAAAGUUGAUAACGAAGGUAGUUAAUCACUACUUAUCUCUUACACUAAAUGAAAUUAUUUCUGUCGGAAACCAUCCAGGGAGUUUAUUAAAAGAAACAUCAGAGGAGGAAUUUGCUGAAGCUACGGCCAAUGUUGACUUGAGCAUGAUCUUGCAUGAUAAGGAAAUUGUUGUGCAGAAUGAGCCUGUCCUUCCUGUUAAAGAGUGUGUACCAGAGUUUCAAAAUAAAAUUAGCCGCUAUGGUGAUAGUCCUUUUGAAGAAAAUCAAGAAGAUAGAUCCUCAAGUCAUUUAACGUCCACUUACUGGAAACCUUUGAAUUUGUCUGAGGUUGAAUUAUGCUCUGAUGCUGUUAUUGAAUAUCCGCUUGCUUCCAAACGUGAAAGGCCAUUUUGGAUGGACAAAUUACAGAAACAUCUUUUAUGUCUUGGAUGGAAAAUUGAGUGGUCAAAUAGAUUAAAUAUUAAACGUUAUAGGUAUAUUGCCCCUCCUGCGCAGGGCCAAAAGUGCUAUUUUUCACUCCUUCAAGUUUGUAAAGCUAUGAAACAGGACCCCAACAUGAACUCUUUGCAUCUCCAAAAUGACCGCAUUAUAAUGCAUCCUACAGUUGAUUGUCAUAUUUCAGAUGUGCCUGAUAAUCCAGCUGAAAAUAUUCAGAAUCUAGAUAUCCUUCCUCUAGCUGUGCCAUCUUCUCUAGUUGAAGUGCCUGCUAAUCCAGCUAAAAAUAUUCAGAAUCUAGAUAUCUUUCCUCUAGCUGUGCCAUCUUCUCCAGUUGAAGAUGAAGUUGAUGAUGUACCUGAGUAUUGUCCUCGGGCUGUUGUGCAGUAUUAUCGCUUGUACAUAUCCAAUAAGAGUCGGGCUGAAAAAAAACAAUGGAUAGUAAAGGCAAAGAAGCAUCUGUUAGCAGAGGGAUGGAUAUUUGACUAUCCACCUCCAUCUAAUAAAAGAAGGGGAAUAAUAUACAUGUCUCCUCAAAAUCGGAAAUUCACUACACUCCAUGCAGCAUGCAAAUUUUGUAUUGAAGAAAGUAUUCCUAAUUGGGACCUUGAAUGGAAGGCGAUGGAUGAAGGUGCUUCUAGUAGUAAAUCUACUACAAACCAAAAGAAGAAAAGCAAGAGGGAUUUGAAGGCCAACCUACCACCUAAGUUCCAAAGCAAUGGGUUACCUCUACAGGUGCUAAGAUCAAAUAAGAGGGUGCAAAAGGUUUCUGGCCCUGCUCAUUUACAUCAUAAGCCUCUAAAUAUUCCGUCUUUCUUGAUAGACAACGGUAUCAUCGUACCAAGGUCUAAGGUUUAUUAUAAGACAAAAGGCAGACACCGUACAGUCCGUACUUUGGCUGAGGGAAAAAUAACUGGCGAUGGAAUCAAGUGUAACUGUUGCCUCGCGAUAUACAGUUUUUCUGCAUUUGAAAACCAUGCUAGUGGCAGUAGUACCUGCAGACCCUCUGCUAGUAUCUUUUUGCAAGAUGGUAAGUCACUCUUGGAUUGCCAGAUGCAAAUGAUGCAAAGUCACAGGACAAGGGAAGCUAGUGGAAAAUCAUUAAGUGGUAUGUCUCUAGCUGAGAAUGACUACAUUUGUUCAGUUUGCCACUAUGGUGGUGAGCUUGUUUUAUGUGAUAAAUGUCCAUCUUCAUUCCACAAGACGUGUCUUGGUUUGAAGGAUAUCCCUGAAGGCGACUGGUUUUGUCCAUCCUGUCGAUGCGGGAUUUGUGGCCAGAGGAAAAUGGAUGGAGAUGAGGUUGAACAUUUUCUUCCUUGCAUACAGUGUGAACAUAAAUAUCAUGUUAGAUGCCUGAAAAAUGGAGCUUCAGAUACAUCAAGACAUAAUGGAAACUGGUUCUGUGGAAUAGAUUGUGAAAAGAUAUAUAAGGGCCUUCAUAAAUUAUUAGGAGAGCCAAUUCCAGUGCCUAACAAUCUAACUUGGACGUUGGUCAAGUUUAUCAAUCCAGACAAUUGUGAUCUUGUUAAUAUUGAAAGUGACUUAUUGGCAGAAAGUUACAGCAAACUCAAUCUUGCUCUUUCGUUGAUGCAUGAAUGUUUUGAGCCCCUAAAGGAAUCCUUGACUGGAAGAGAUCUUGUGGAAGAUGCUAUAUUCAGCAGAUGGUCAGAAAUUGUUAUCCUUCAAGACAUGGUCACUAUGUCAGAACUUAAUCGAAUAAAUUUCCAGGGAUUCUAUACUGUCUUACUUGAGAGAAAUGAAGAACUGGUUAGUGUGGCAACUGUUAGGGUCCAUGGGAAGAAAGUAGCUGAAAUACCUCUUGUUGGUACCAGAUUACAAUAUCGUCGACAUGGGAUGUGUCGCAUUUUAAUUAAUGAGCUUGAGAAGAAGCUCGUGCAACUAGGUGUGGAGAGGCUGGUUUUGCCAGCAGUUCCGAGUGUGCUAGAGACAUGGAUAAACUCUUUUGGCUUUACGAAGAUGACUAAUUAUGAGAGAUCUCAGUUUUUGGAUUACACUUUCCUAGAUUUUGAGGGUGCUAUCAUGUGCCGAAAGUUGUUGAUGAAUAUUGCAUCUUCAGAAUCACUUCUAUUAAUAGGUACAUCAGAGUCUGGGAGAUGUGUUGAUCACAGUAAGUCUAACCCAGUCUUUGAAGUGGAGGAGAUUGACGAAGAAGGGGCGAUGGAUCAACGAAUGGAAGAGUUCUUCGUUCCUAGAAAAAGGGGUAAUCAACCCUUCUGGGCCGUGAGUAUAUGCUCUCACGGGGCAAGUAUUGUGAGAUGCAAGUUGGAUUCUUACACAAUAGAUGCAUAUCACCGAGACAAUGCAACCACGGAAAGCUUGAGACACCACCGCAACACCCUCCACCAGCAGAGACCCAUGAUCCAUGCCAACCAAACCAACUGUGCACUCUUUGUGGGAACUUGGGUUGAAGAUGACUCAUACCCUCUCUACCAAUCCUCCAACUGCCCCAUCAUAGAUCCUCAGUUCAACUGCAAAAUGUUUGGGCGCCCAGAUUCUGAUUACCUCAGAUACAGAUGGAGACCCCUCAACUGUGAUCUCCCAAGGUUCAACGGGGAGGAGUUUCUGUUGCAAAUGAGAGGCAAAACUGUGAUGUUUGUGGGUGACUCACUGGGGCGCAAUCAAUGGCAGUCAUUGAUUUGCAUGACAUAUACUGCAGUUCCUCAAACACAAACACAGUUGGUCAGAGGGGAACCGCUCUCAACCUUCAGAUUCUUGGACUACGGUGUUACCAUUUCAUUUUACAGGGCUCCUUAUUUGGUAGAGAUUGAUGUGGUCCAAGGGAAGAGAAUUUUGAGGCUGGAGGAGGUUGAUGGGAAUGGUGACAUAUGGAAAAGUGCUGAUGUACUUUCUUUUAACUCUGGACAUUGGUGGGAGCAUCAGGGGUCUCUUCAAGGGUGGGAUUAUAUUGAAUUAGGAAGCAAAUACUACCCAGACAUGGAUCGUUUAGCAGCCUUCGAAAGGGGAAUGAGAACAUGGGCUAAUUGGGUGAACAACAAUAUUGAUAGAAGCAGAACCAAAGUAUUCUUCCUGGGAGUUUCUCCUUCACAUACCAACCCAAAUGAAUGGAAUUCUGGAGUGACAGCAGGACUAGCUACAAAGAACUGUUAUGGUGAAACUGCCCCAAUUAUUAGCACUGGCACAGCAUACCCUGGUGUAUACCCUGAACAGAUGAGAGUUGUGGACAUGGUGAUUAGAGAAAUGAACAACCCUGCUUUUCUUCUUGACAUCACAAUGCUAUCAGCAUUCAGGAAGGAUGCACAUCCCUCCAUUUACAGUGGUGAUUUGAACCCUCAACAGAGAGCUAACCCUGACUACUCUGCUGAUUGUAGCCACUGGUGUCUUCCUGGAUUGCCAGAUACUUGGAAUGAACUUUUCUACACUGCUUUGUUCUACUAA